AUGCAUGACUUGAACACGCGAAUCAAGCAGCUGACGAAACUUAUUCUCACAAGUCAAUCCGUGGAUGAAACCAAGGGUGAUGAGUCUCGACCCGCAAGUCCAGCGAAGGUCGACUUCGACCUGUCUCCAUAUCAGUUGCAACAAGAGCUGCUUGCCGCGCGGCGGCAAAUUGAAACACAAUCAACGCAGAUCCUGUCUCUCGAGGCAGCACUUCAGGCAAGGCCCCAGUUGCCCCCCGAUGCACCGGACAGCGAAAAAGACAAGUUGCUGACGGAUCAAGCGAAGACGAUCCGUGAGCUCGAGGUUGUUAUCAAGGGAUACGAGGAAAAUCUUGGCGAGCCCCUUCGUGCAGUACGGGAAGAUGUAGAGAAGGAGUGGAUGGCCAAGCUUGAGAAGGAAGUGAAGCGCAAAGAAGAGAAGGAAGUAUGGGCGGACGAGCUCGUGAAACAGCUCGAGAAGGAGAAGAAGGCGAGUCUUUUGUCGGGUCUUCCUGAUGGCUUCGAAACUCACACUCACUGUCAGAUGCGCGUGAAACUUGAGGAAGAGCGGCAGGCCCUCGCAGCAUUCGUGCGCAAAUUUGACUCCCUCGGCCUCGGCCUCAGUAGUGGUGUCCCCCUCUCACAGUCAAAGCUCCACCCGCCAAUGCCCACGCCUGGUGGCGCUGCGGCCCUUUUUGCGCAGCGACAACGCAGUAGAAUACAGCCUUUAGAAGCGGACACAACCAUGGCGAUUGUGGAAGAGGUUGAUUCGCCAAUGCGAUUUGGCGCUGGACAGCCUAGUCUGCUCGAGGAGGAAUGGGAUGCUGUAGAUGAUGUGAGCUUUGGAGAGGACAAGCUGAUACUCCCGUUGAAAGGUGGCUCACGGAAAGGAUCACAUAGCCCCGUAAGAGAUGUAUUAGGUCGAAAGGAGAACGUGCCUGUAUAG